UCUUUGUUGCUCACUGCCAAAAAAGAAAGAUAGAACGACGUUUGUGUCGACUUGUGUCGCUUGCUGGAAAGCUCCCUCUGCUCAUUGUAGUUAAUCUCGAAUGUUGGUCAGACGUGAAAAGUAAACUAAGGCGUAGAAAGUUCUUUGCGAUAACGUCUUUUUUUAUACAUGUAGAUUUGUUAAUAUAUUCAGUUGCAAAAUAUAAAUUAUUGCGAUUUUAAACAUAUGAGAUGUUAGAUAUAUUUUUCGUUUUUCAUUUGCGCGUUUUAAAACAUAUUGAAAUAUAUCAUUUCGUGAAAACUUGUGGAAUAUUGAAUGAUUAGAUAAUAAAAUUAUAAAUCGCCUUGUGUAGGGCAAAACUAAGGGACAUAUUCCUGAAAACAUUAACAUCACAUUACGUGCUUUGCGCAGAUAUACAGAAAGCACAGAAAAGGUGCGUAAAGCAAGUAACGAUAUCGUUAACGUUUACAGCAUAGGCUCGAUCUUAUAAGUAUCUUAAGUCCAUUUUUGCAUAUAUAGACGAAUUUUAAUCUGAGUUUAACUUCCUUUUUAUCUAUUUCUAAUUCAAAGCAUCGACGAUAUUACGUCAAAUAUAUUCCUCAUUACAUUACAACUGUUACAAACAUCUAAAGAAGGUGCAAUUGAACGCUAUUGAAUUUAAUAAAUGCGUGAUCCAGAUACAUUAACGUAAAAGAAUACAAAAGAAUUAGUCAAUCAAACGUUCUCAUGUAAAGAAUGCCAUGGAGCCACGUUCUGUGCAUAUUGUAAUAUUUAUAUCAUGGUUCAGCGUAUUAAGGCAAGAGUAAUCGAUUUUUGUCUACAGGACUAUUUCUUUCGAGCCUUCUGGUUUCAGGAUGGCAUUCUCUUUAUCGAGAUCUUUCAACCGCGAUCGGUUGAUUCGUUUUUGGCAUGAAUAUUUGACGUGUAUCGAAAUCGUGUGUAAUCUCACAGAUCUUAGCUUUUGUGGUUUUUUAGCGUCAAAUGGAAAAAAAUCUAUCUUUCGGCCACGCAAAGAUAAAAUGUAAAGAUAUGGAUGUCUUCGCCCAUCUAAUAGAUAUAUAAACGUCUAAUAAACAACAAGUUCGCUGUAAAACAAGCCAUGGCAAAGAAUGCGCACAAGCUUGAGAAGGCAAUACCCUGUUGUUCAGUAGUGGAACCACUGGAACCUCGUGAUUUAAUCUCAUUGUCAGCAGAACGUCGCAAUUUAAUCUCAGCAGCCAAUAAGGUUUUUGGAGAGGGAAAAUGGAGUCAUACUGUUGUCAAACAAACAUUACAUUUCGACCAUGUACAUUCCACUGUUGGAAUUGACGGGGAGAGACGAUCUAAAUACCGUUUUCGCUGCGUCAGUUAUGUUAAGGUCCAGCUUGAGAAUGGAGACUGUUACGAGGACGAUGGUUCUUACAUUGCAGAGGAAUCUACAAAAAACUUGUCUACACAAAAAGUCAGAAUUGGUUCUGUUGAAAAUGCCUUAAAAAAAAUUCUCUUGUCAUUUGGAGACAAAAUUGAAAGAGAGCUGGAACAGCUGCAAAGACAGAUUAGUUUUGAACAAGAAUCGACGGAUUUAGCAACAAAUUUUGUUGAUUUAAUCUCAGCGGCCAAUAAAGUUUUUGGAGAGGGAAAAUGGAAUCAUACUGUGGUCAGCCAAACUCUAAAUUUCGAUGCUUGUUUUGAUGUUGACAUAAGAAUCGGUGCUCCAAAUGUAUAUCGUGCUGGCUGCGUCAGUUUUGUUAAGAUCCAGCUUGAGAACGGAAACUUUCACGAGGAUGUUGGUUAUUACAACGCAGAAGAAUUUACAAAAGGCUUGUCAAUACAAAAUGCCAGAAUUGGUUCUGCUGUAAAUGCCUUAAAAAGAGUUCUCCUGUCGUUUGGAGACAAAGUAGAAAGAGAGCUGCAACAGCUACGAAGACAGAUUAGUUCUGAACAAGAAUCGACGAAUUUAGCAACGAAUUUCCCUGAUUUAAUCUCAGCGGUCAAUAAAGUUUUUGGAGAGGGCAAAUGGAAUCAUACUGUAGUCAGCCAAACCUUAGAUUUCAAGGACAAGUAUUACGGUACUUUAAAUGCUCCAUAUGUAUAUCGUACUGGCUGCGUCAGUUUUGUUAAGGUCCAGCUUGAGAAUGGAAACUUUCACGAGGAUAUUGGUUAUUACAACGCAGAGGAAUUUACACAAGGCUUGUCGAUACAUAGUGCCAGAAUUGGUUCUGCUGUAAACGCCUUAAAAAGAGUUCUCCUGUCGUUUGGAGACAAAGUGGAAAGAGAGCGGAAACUACGAAGACAGAUUGGUUCUGAACAAGUUAACACGUUCGGUACCGCAGAACCGACGGAUUUAGCAACGAAUUUUCCUGAUUUAAUCUCAGCGGCCAAUAAAGUUUUUGGAGAGGGCAAAUGGAAUCAUACUGUAGUCAGCCAAACCUUAGAGUUCGAUUAUACAGAGAUAAAUUGCCGUGCUAUAAAUGCUUCACAUGUAUAUCGUACUGGCUGCGUCAGUUUUGUUAAGGUCCAGCUUGAGAAUGAAAACUUUCACGAGGAUGUUGGUUAUUUCAACGCAGAAGAAGCUAUAAGAGGCUUGUCGAUACAUCGUGCCAGAAUUGGUUCUGCUGUAAAUGGCUUAAAAAGAGUUCUCCUGUCGUUUGGAGAAAAAAUUGAAAUAGAGCUGCAACAGCUGCAAAGACAGGUUAUUCUUAAACAAGUUAGCGACAUUAUAAGAGAUGUGACACAGUGGUUGGUUAACACGGUUGCUACCACAGAACCGAUGGAUUUAAUAGCGGAACUUCCUGAUUUAAUCUCAGUGGCCAAUAAAGUUUUUGGUGAGGGUAACUGGCGUCAUACUGUUGUCAAACAAACAUUAGAUUUCAACUAUGAAGUUUUCAAUGAUGAAGGUUUCGAUAUAUUUCACGAUGAGAUAAGUGCUCGAAAUAAAUACGUUGCUGGUUGCGUCAGUUACGUUAAGGUCCAGUUUAAGAAUGAAAAUUUUCACGUGGAUGUUGGUUAUUGCAGCACAAAGGAACCUACACGAGGCUUGGCAAAACUUAAUGCCAAAAUUGGUUCUGCUAUAAAUGCCUUGAAAAGAGUUCUUAUGUCCUUUGGAGAACAAUUUGAAAGAGAGCUGCAACAUCUGCAGAGACAGAUUAGUCCUGAACAAACUGACGACGUGCAAAGAGAUGUGGCAUAAUCAUUGGAUAAGCAGAUUUCAGAAAAAUCAAAUGUGUUUCAGGUAACACAUUCGGUUCUGCAAUGUGGUUGGGAAAUCAAUAAUAACGGACGUUUUAAAGUAUUUGAUGUGAGGCAUGUUAACGAGUAUUUACCACUUCGAUUUGUUUCUAUCAAUAAACUUGCUUUAAACGAUAAUUCAAAUCUGUUAAUUACAGUUUAUAGGAAAUAGGUACAGAAGUAUGAGUCUAUCCUGUGGACAAUUUUCAAAAAAAGCUUUUCUUAAAAUAUUUUAUGUUUAAUUUUUCUCUUAAUUGUUCAAUUGUUCAAUACUCUAGAAAAAUCUGCCUUUUCUUUUAAUAAUUUUAUAUGAUAUAUGUUUGUUUAUACAAUAUAAAUGAAGUGUG